AAUACGUGACACCCACCACUCUUUUUCACGCCACUCUCAUUUUCUCACUUCACACCUAAAUUCUUUUCUUCUCUUUUCUUUCCUUUUCCUCUCUAUUUUCUCUCCAUCUUUCCCUCAUCAAAUAUUCAUUAUGACACUGCUUCAUUAAUCUACCAUUCACUCCAAUCCCCCAAAUUCAUCUCAAUAACAUGAAAACUCUGAAGCUGGAAAAAACCACCGUUCUGGUUUUUUUCACGGCGUUUUUAAUCGCCAUUGUUUCCGACGCCGAUCUAGCUUCCGACAGGUCAAGUCUAUUAACACUACGCGCCGCAGUAGGAGGAAGAACUCUUCUAUGGAACACGAAGGAAACAAACCCGUGUUUAUGGACAGGCGUUUUCUGCAACAACAAAAGAGUAACGGCGUUAAGAUUACCGGCGAUGGGUUUAACCGGUAACCUUCCUUUAGGUUUAGGUAAUCUUACCGAACUGCAGACACUCUCUCUCCGGUUCAACGCACUAACCGGACCAAUCCCUUCCGAUUUCGCAAAACUUGUUUCACUUCGUAACCUUUAUCUUCAUAGUAACUUUUUCUCCGGUGAGGUUCCUGAAUUUAUGUACACUUUGCAGAACUUGGUGCGGUUAAAUUUAGGUAAAAACAAUUUCAGCGGUGAAAUUUCAUCUAAUUACAACAACUUAACUCGUUUGGAUACACUCUUUUUGGAUGAAAACGUGUUUACCGGUUCAGUUCCUGACCUUAACGUACCACCUUUAACUCAAUUCAACGUCUCGUUUAACCGGUUAAACGGGUCAAUUCCGAAAAUAUUUUCGCGUUUAAACAUAAGCGCUUUUGAAGGAAACUCGCUUUGUGGGAAGCCACUUCAACCGUGUCCUGGUAACAAUAAAUUAUCCGGUGGUGCCAUUGCUGGUAUUGUAAUCGGUUCUGUUUUCGGUUUUUUGUUGAUUCUGGUUCUUUUGGUCUUAUUGUUAAGGAAAAGAAGAAAAAGUGAUUCUGUUGAAUUGGAACGUGCCAAGAGUGGUGAAGGGGAGUUGUCACGUGAGAAAAUGAGUAGAGAAGUUGAGAAUGGUGGUGGUGGUGGUGGUGGUAAUUCAGGUUUGGCUUCGGAUUCGGCGAUGGCUUCGGCUUCGGUUUCGGCUUCGGGUGUUUCAUCAUUAGAUAGUAAAAGUUUGAUUUUUAUUGGGAAAGUGGAGAGAAAAUUCAGUUUGGAUGAUUUGUUAAGAGCUUCUGCCGAGGUUUUAGGGAAAGGGACAUUUGGGACAACUUAUAAGGCAACAUUGGAGAUGGGAAUGAGUGUGGCUGUGAAGAGGUUGAAGGAUGUAACAGCAAUGGAGAGAGAAUUCAGGGAGAAAAUUGAGGAGGUUGGAAAAUUGGUUCAUGAGAAUUUGGUCCCACUUAGGGGAUAUUAUUUUAAUAAAGAUGAGAAACUUAUUGUCUAUGAUUAUAUGCCAAUGGGAAGCUUAUCUGCACUCUUGCAUGCAAAUAAUGGAACUGGAAGGACUCCCCUGAAUUGGGAAACUAGGUCAUCCAUUGCCUUGGGUGCUGCCCAUGGAAUUGCAUACCUACACUCACAAGGUCCAACAUCUUCCCAUGGAAACAUCAAGUCCUCAAACAUCCUUCUCACCAAAUCAUUUGAACCUCGUGUCUCUGACUUCGGCCUCGCAUAUCUCGCACUUCCGACCGCUACACCGAACCGAGUCUCCGGCUACCGUGCACCAGAAGUCACCGACGCCCGCAAAGUAUCACAAAAGGCUGAUGUCUACAGCUUUGGCAUUAUGCUAUUGGAGCUUCUUACCGGGAAGGCUCCUACUCAUUCUUCGCUGAACGAAGAAGGAGUAGACCUACCAAGAUGGGUCCAGUCCGUUGUUCAAGACGAGUGGAACACUGAAGUAUUUGACAUGGAGCUUCUAAGGUACCAAAAUGUUGAGGAGGAAAUGGUGAAUCUUUUGCAGCUUGCUCUUGAAUGUACUGCUCAAUAUCCUGAUAAGAGACCUUCAAUGGAUGUGGUGGCAAAUAGGAUUGAGAAAAUUUGUCAUUCUAGUUUAGAGAAAGAGUGAUUUGUCUAAAGAUGGAGAUAAUUGAUUUUCCCAAUAGUACUUUUCUGUUGAUUUGGGUGCAUCAUAAUCUAGAAUAUAGAGUUAAAGAGAGAGCCCUCAUUAUUUCACCAUUGGCAUGUUUUUUGCAUGCAUAUUAUAUGGUUGGUUGUUUAUCCAUUGAAGGAUUAUUAUUAUAGCUACAUUUAUAUUCAUGAAUUUUGUUCAUUUUUACUGAAUUAUGUGUGAAAUGUGAAUAAUUUGUUUGGAUA